AUGAAAGUCCUUAUUUAUAUCACCGUAGCCCUACUUACGGUAUCGAUUUUGAAGACUGUCAAAGGUUUUGGAACUGGGUGGACAAAUGCACAUGCUACCUUUUAUGGAGGCAGUGAUGCCUCUGGGACAAUGGGUGGUGCUUGUGGUUAUGGGAAUCUAUAUAGCCAGGGAUAUGGGACAAACACAUUGCUCUUAAGCACUGCUUUGUUCAAUAAUGGAUUGAGCUGUGGAGCCUGCUAUGAGAUUCAAUGUGUGAAUGACAAAAUGUUGUGCUUACCCGGAGCCAUUACAGUAACCGCAACCAACUUCUGCCCACCAAACUUGGGUCUUUCUAAUGAUGCCGGAGGCUGGUGCAAUCCUCCACUGCGACACUUUGAUCUUUUACAGCCCGUUUUUCAACACAUUGCUCCCUACAAAGCCGGAGUUGUCCCUGUUCAAUACAGAAGGGUUGCUUGCAAGAAGAAGGGUGGAAUCAGAUUCACAAUAAAUGGGCACCCCCACUUCAAUCUGGUGCUUAUAACCAAUGUUGGUGGAGCUGGUGAUGUGGUGGGUGUGUCUAUUAAGGGUUCGAAAACCGGUUGGCAGGCUAUGAACUGGGGUCAGAAUUGGCAAACCAACUCCUACCUUAACAGUCAGUCCCUUUCUUUAAAGGUCACAACCAGUGAUGGCCGCACUCUCAUCUCCAACAAUGUCGCUCCUCCCAACUGGUCUUUCGGCCAAACCUACACUGGAUCCCAGUUCUAA